GUCCAGAUGAGACGUGACCACUUGUUAUCGUCCCAUUAGCUCAAAAAAAAGAAAAACUUGUUAUCGUCCCAUCGAUUCCCCACCAGCCAAGCCCCCCGCUACCUCCGCCGCUCCUCGCCGGCGACAUCGGUGAGCGUACGGACCCGCCCGUGGCCCCGAGAUACAAAUUCCGCCAUCCCCGGAGGUCACCUGUCAUCACCAUCCGAGUUCUGUGGUGCCUUAAAUUGGUGAAAUCGAUACACGGCUAUUGGAAACUUUAGAGUUUAGCCUCAUCAUAUUCAUGACUCAUCAAAAGCGUGAAGCCAGUUCCAGCAAUGAAGAUUGGGCAUCAAAACGCCCAAAAGGUGCUGCCACUUCUACUGAAAAGGAUUGUCAAGUAGAGACUGCUAGUUCUCAAGAAACGAAUGGUGAAAAGAGAGACACCUCUCAAAAGGGAAGCAACUUGCCCCUAGACCCAUGCAUCUCGGAUGAGAAAUCCACAACCAUCUCGGAAGUUCCAAGUCAGCAAGAGAUGAUACUAACUAGUGUUGAAGCCGAUGCUGCAGAAGACAAGGGCUGCAGGCAUACAAUGGAGGAUGCCUGGGUGGUGCUUCCUGAUGCUAGCAUGGGAUCUCCUGGAAAUUUGAGAUCUGCACAUUUUGCAAUAUAUGAUGGGCAUGGUGGCCGCUUGGCCGCGGAAUAUGCACAGAAGCACUUACACCCGCAUGUUAUUGCUGCAGGAUUACCACGUGAGUUGAUGAAUGUUAAAGUAGCAAAGAAGGCCAUUAUUGAAGGUUUCCGUAAAGCUGAUGAAUCACUAUUGCAAGAAAGUGCUAAAGGAAACUGGCAAGAUGGCGCAACAGCUGUAUGUGUUUGGGUCUUGGGACAGACGGUUGUAGUUGCGAAUGCUGGGGAUGCUAAAGCAGUAUUAGCUCGUUCUACUUCAACUGAUGGUGAAGGUGCGGUGGCUGACACCAAAAGUCCACUGAAAGCUAUUGUUUUGACAAGAGAACACAAAGCCAUCUUUCCACAAGAACGCUCGAGAAUCCAGAAGGCUGGAGGUUCUGUUGGUCCUAAUGGAAGACUACAAGGGCGCAUUGAAGUAUCUAGAGCUCUUGGAGAUCGUCACUUUAAGAAGCGCAAUAAUGGAGGUACCCAUGGGAGUGUCCAUGAAAACACAGAUCUGUUGUAUAGAGUUCACAUCCAUUGGGUGGGGUUGAUUGCAACACCAGAUGUCCAUUCUUUUGAACUCACAGUGAAGGACCAUUUCAUCAUUCUUGGGUGUGAUGGCUUAUGGGGAGUGUUUGGGCCAAGUGACGCUGUUGAAUAUGUCCAGAAGCAAUUGAAGGAGACGUCUUCAGCCACACUCGCGGUGCGGCGCCUGGUGAAGGAGGCUGUCCGUGAGAGGCGGUGCAAGGAUAACUGCACUGCUGUUCUGAUCGUCUUCAAGCACUAGAAUUGUUUGGCUGUUGCAACCCUUUUCACAGAACCAAACCCGAUAAGAUAAAUUUGCUAGCAAAGAGCAAUAUGAGAUUCAAGCCUGCAUCUCCAUGAUUUUCGUGCUCUGACAAACAGUGUAUGAGACCACUGUUAGUGCACUAUCUGUACUUCAUUUGGACAUUUGUUUUGCUUUUUCAAACGAUUCUUGUAGCAAAAGCCCCUCUAAACUGUUCUAAAGAAAGGUUACUUGGCCGGUCUCA